CGUAAGGUGACCGCCGACACCAGGAAGUUCAUCCGGGAGAAUCUUCUCCUCGUGGUCACCUUGUCUGGCGUGAUGUUCGGCGUAAUACUCGGGUUCGGUCUGCGACCCUUGAGCCUUGGCGAUGACGCGGUUAUGUUAAUCAGUUAUCCUGGAGAACUGUUCAUGAGGUUGUUGAAGUUAAUGAUUUUACCACUGGUGAUUGCCAGUCUUAUAUCUGGCUCGGCCAGUUUGAACGCAAGAAUGAACGGCAUGAUCGCCGUUCGAACUUUGGUGUACUUUAUACUCACGUCGUUUCUUAACGCUGUCCUUGGCGUUAUCCUGGUGCUACUCAUUCACCCAGGGAAUCCUGGAAUUCGAAAAUCGAUGACUACUUCGCACAGCGGAAGAGCCGUCAACAUCUUGGACAGUCUGCUCGAUUUGGGAAGGAACAUGUUCCCGGACAAUAUUUUCCAGGCAGCCUUUCAGCAGGCGCACACGGUAUACGUUCCAAAGACCCAGCCUUUUCGAAAUCUCACGGAUUCGAUAUCCACGGAUGUUAUGGGGGACGAGGAGCUGAUGAGAGUAACUCAAUAUAGAAGCGGCACGAAUACCUUGGGUAUAGUUUUCUUCUGCCUGGUGUUUGGCACGUUCUUGGGAACGCUCGGGGAGAAAGGCCAGAUCGUGAUCGACUUCUUCAAAGCUGUUUUCGAAGUCAUCAUGCGAAUGGUGUCGACUGUAAUGUGGAUGACACCGGUAGGCAUCACCUCGGUAAUAGCCGGCAAAAUAUUGGGCGUCGCCGAUUUGGCGCUGGUGAUGUCGCAGCUCGCCUGGUUCAUCGUCACGAUCGUGAUCGGUGUGUUUUUCUAUCAGCUGGUGAUCAUGCAGCUGAUCUAUCUGGCCUUCGUGAGAAAGAACCCCUUUAAAUUCUACGCCGGCCUCGCCCAGGGUACACUGACCGCCUUCGCCAUGGCAUCAACGGCUGCCGCGCUUCCGGUCACGUUCCGCCUGAUGACGGACAAACUCAGGGUCGAUCCUCGGGUGACCAGAUUCGUUUUGCCGAUCGGCUGCAACAUUAACAUGGACGGGACGGCGUUGUUCGUCGCCGUAGCCAGCAUAUUCAUCGCUCAGAUGCACGGUAUCGUUUUGGGCUUCGGUGAAAUUAUAACGGUUAUUUUAACCUCGACUGCCGCGUCCGUGUCAUCGGCGUCGGUUCCGAGCGCCGCCCUCGUUCUUCUACUCGUCGUUUUAAGCGCCAUCGAUGCUCCCGUUUAUAAUGUCUCUUUGCUGUUCACCAUCGACUGGUUCGUAGAUCGCAUACGCACCACGAACAACAUGUUGGGAGAUUGUUACGCGGCUGCCGUGGUCGAGCAGUUGUCGAAAAAGGAGCUGAUGGCUUUGGACGCAGCAGCCUACCAGUCGGAAACCGUUCUACCAACGACCAUCGCCAACGGAUGCAUUUCCGCGAAUAGGGUACCUGAUCCUGACACCAUCGUCGUCGAAAUGCAAGACGACGCGAGGAUAGCCGGCGUCGCCAAGUAAACAAGCUUGUUGCAUCAGCGUGUUGCAGAUACCGAGGAGCGUGACCGAAGAGACGGUUUGACUAGCGGUUCAUCCCGAUUUUUAGUUUAGUAGCGAACACCAUCGAUUACAAUGCGUUCAACGGGGAUCAAAGAAACAUCGUGUCGCGUGAUCUCGUCGCGCGUCUUUCUAUCGUCUCGCGAUAAACAGUUGUCGCUGUACCGUUCACGGCAAACUUUGCGCGUUUGCCAAACAAUUAUGAGAUCAUCAAACGUAUCAAACGUGAAGUCAAUAUCAAAGGGGGUGCAUAUAUCGUGUUUCAGCGCCGUUGACCCUUUCUCUGCGCGAGACGAACGUUAGUUCGCGAACAAUUGCCACGAGGAAAGACAGAAAUUGUGCGUACACUUUUAGCUUGACGAGUAUAGCAGCGAAAGGGUUAUAACGUAGCAAUAACGAGACCGUUUUCGAGCUUUUGUAGCGGCUUGUUCGAGCAACCAACGAUCGCACUCCGUAAUACCAAUGAUCGCGUGAAACAGCGUCGAACGUGGUGCCUUAUUUUAUUGCGGCUGUUGUCUAAACGGCCGCUUCGAAAGUAGAGAGAAAAGCUCCUUUAAUUUGUCGAGUGUAAAACAACGUUUGCUCAUUGCCUCGCUCGAGUAAAAAAAAAAAAUGUUUGACGACCGAUCGUUUGUACUGCCACGAUUAUCUUUUGUACAAUUAACAACUUGACCGUGUCUCGAUUUCGCGAGACGUUCGAGGAUCGAUUUCAUCUGUUUUCAUAAAAAUUGUCACUGAAGGCAAUGGGCGAACCGUUGCACGGCACCACGAUCACUUUUGCGGCGAACGUCCCAUAUCUAACAUCGAAAUUCGAGUGUUAGCGACGACGCGGAUGAUUACAACAAAAAAAAAAAGAAGAACACGAGUUAAGCAAAAGAUUGUAUGCCACACUUUGCGUUAUAAUAAGGACACGUAGAUUUUAGGAACGUUGUGAUAUCAAUUGAAACCUGUAAAGUUGUCGUUCAACACUACCAGAUCGUAGACCGAGAAUUUGGAAACAAUACCUAUAGAAGUAUGUAUAUGUAGCUUCCUUUAGUCUUUUUUCGUACGGAAUUCAACUUUUUGGACCAUCGAUGAACCAGAAUCGGUGCACAGAAUCUCUUUGAAACAAAGAAAACGUUCGUCCCGAUACGCUUCGAGGAGAACGGUAUAUUCGUACCUCUGUGCAUUCGUUGACCAGCCUUGUCCUCGCGAGGGGUUCGUUCAUAACCCGAAUACACGGUUCUCGAUUUCGUAACACGGAUCCAAUGAACACGAACGAGAAAAAAAA